AUGCCGAUUUGCAUAGAGUGCCGCCACCCGGUCAAGACGCUCUGGACGAAAUAUUCUGGCGGCGCAGGCGACAAGAGCGGGCAUAAUAUUCGACUUACAGUUUGCAGAAAAUGCGGGCGCUUCUGCGAUAAAUAUGUCGAACAUGACUUUGUCGUCCUAUUCAUUGACCUGGUCCUCAUAAAGCCGCAGGUCUACCGACAUUUACUACAUAAUACAUUAAUGCGCGAUGGCGAUCGAUUCGAUCCCUCCAUUAUUCGACUCGGUGUUCUACUACUUCUCUUUGAUGUUUACCUUACUUGGGCAAGAAUAGAGAAGCAGUCUAUUCCAGGCAUUGCCCUGGGCGAAAGUAAUCUCGGAAAGCUUGGACAACAGCCUAUUGUCUUCCAAUACUUCUUCUUUUUAAUCCUUUGCGCAUUAUCAACAAUAGCAUUUCACAUCAGUAUCCGGUUCCUCGUCUCUUCGAGGUUCUCGCCGCUGAAUGUGCUGGGGAUCCUACCCCGAUAUCCACGACCCAAUUCCGUUUCGACUGCUCUGUUGGUGUCGUCGUCAACCAAACUAUUUCCAAUUCUGAUGGUCAUUUGGCAAUUUGAUGUUCCUGCAGCUGCUCAUUCACUGGGCUGGGCAGUUGUCGCAAAUAAUGUAGAAGCCGUCAGGAUAUUGCUAGACUGUCCUUAUUAUACUGCCUGUCUUCUUGCCCUCGUUGGCGCUGCUGCACGGUGGGGAGUCGGCAGACUUAUAAUGGCAGCUGCAGGCCUAGGCAAUUUGGAUUCCAUUAGUGACGCUAGAUUAGUCAAUGAUGGCGAAGAGCUAUGGUCUCUGUUGGCGUAUGUGAGAGAAUGGGGAGGCCGCUUGGCCGUGGGUUAG